AUGCAUAACCUUCUCGGUGCAUCACCUCCUUCGCCAGCGCUCCCAGCGCAACAUUCGUCUGCGGCGCAACAGACAUCCUCAGAUUCUCUACCACCUACAUCAAAUCCUAACUCGAAUCCGACGUCAAACCCAACUUCAGAUCCUUCCUCGAAUCCAAACAAUCCAAAUAACUACGCGGUUCUUCCUCCACCAGCAGAUGGUGACCAUGACCAUCUUCCUCCUCCAGCAAAUGCACCUUCCUCGUUGGCUGUGGCGCUGCGAUCGCUAAACGAUUUGACCGAAACCCCCACAUAUGCGCGAAGCGUCACUUCAACAGCGCCGAGCUCGCCACGCAUUACUGGCGAUCCCGCUUUCAGAGCCCCUCAAUUGACGUAUGGAAAUAGUCCCCCGCUACGACAGAAUUCUGGACAUCAAACACCACGAGUCCGGCCACAUGCGACAACGCUCAACAUCCCGGGCAUGACCCGGUCAAGAGUCUCGCCUGAUGGAAGAAUUCCUUCUCGUGAUGUUGCCGCAAAGCUUGUUAUUGUCAUGGUUGGCUUGCCGGCCCGAGGAAAGUCUUACAUCACCAAGAAGCUUCAAAGGUAUCUUUCUUGGCAGCAGCAUGAUUCUCGCAUCUUCAAUGUCGGAAACCGAAGACGUGUAGCUGCCGGGCGCAGAGUUUCUGUCCACCCAAAGUUGCAGCCUGAGCCGGAACACAUGGAUCCUCCUGUGCAUGCGGCUUCCAUUUUGCUAAAUGGUAACCCGGCACCGUUUGGUCCUGAGCAGGCUGAGCCAGAGAAGCUUGAUUUGAACGAUGCCGCCCAAUCCGAGGUGGAUCAAUCCGCUACAUUCUUUGAUCCCAAGAACCAAACUGCCGCGGCCAUGCGUGAGCAGUGUGCUAUGGAUACUUUGGAUGAGCUGCUGGACUACCUUCUCGAUGGAGGUGGCGCUGUCGGCAUUCUUGAUGCUACGAACAGCACUAUCGAGCGAAGAAAGAACAUCACCAACCGCAUCAAGCAGAGGGAACCUAAGCUGGGUAUUCUUUUCAUUGAGAGUAUCUGUCAAGACCCUACUCUCCUCGAGGCGAACAUGCGUCUGAAACUGUCUGGUCCUGACUAUCGUGACAAGGAUCCUCAGAAAUCACUGGAAGAUUUCAAGAAGCGAGUCGCUGCAUACGAGAGUGCGUAUGUUCCUCUUGGCGAAUAUGAGGAAAAGCACGACUUGCAAUACAUUCAGAUGGUUGAUGUUGGUCGAAAACUGAUCCAACACCGUCUCAAGGGUUUCCUCAGCAGUGGUAUUAGCACUUACCUCGCUAGCUUCAAUCUUGCCCCUCGACAGAUCUGGAUUACCCGACAUGGCCAAAGUGUCGAUAACGAGCUUGGAAGAUUGGGUGGAAACUCACCACUUACCGAGCGCGGCCAUUGCUACGGCCAAGCUCUUCACAACUUCAUCACUUACCAGCGCAAGCACUGGCUUAUUGAACAGAAGAGCAAGAAAGCUCAGGCCACUUUCCCUCCCGUACCUGGUGAUAACACACCUCCCUACCCUGAGAUGUACCGGGAGAUCGAGGACAAGAACUUUUGUGUCUGGACUUCGAUGCUCGAUCGCAGCGUGGACACAGCUGAGUAUUUCGAGGCCGACGAUGAUUACGAUGUGAAGAACUGGGAAAUGCUCAACGAAAUGAACUCGGGCCAGUUCGAAGGUAUGACAUAUGCCGAAAUCGCAAAGAAGGAGCCCGAGGAAUUCGCCAAGCGAGCACAGGACAAGCUCAACUACAUUUAUCCUGGAGUCGGCGGUGAAGGUUAUCUGCAGGUUGUGAGCCGUCUGCGCGACAUGGUUCGAGAGGUUGAGCGUAUUGAAGACCACCUUCUUAUCAUUGGACAUCGCUCUGUGUGUAGAGUCCUGAUGGCCUAUUUCAUGGACCUGUCCCUGGCGGACAUCACAGACAUGGACAUUCCCCUUGGCAUGCUCUACUCUAUUGAGCCCAAGCCUUACGGGCUUGACUUCCAUGCUUACCGAUACAACGAAGACCAGGGCUGGUUUGACGAGCUCCCCAACUACAAGCCUACAAAGACGGCCCGCAACAGCAUCAUCAAGCCGCAGCAUUAA